AUGGGAACCAAAAGAUCUUGGCAAGGCGAGCCUUUGGCAAACAACUCAGAUAUCAUCAUGGAGUCCGAAUCAGCGGGAUCAAUUCUCUCAAUCUUCGAAACUUUUCGCAACGAGCUGGAUGAGCACCAUGACCGACGUGAACGAGUGAUCAAAGCAAGCCGCGACAUCACCGCGCUCAGUAAAAAGAUCAUCUUCGCUCUCCAGCGAGUCCGCACAAUCAGCACACCCCUCCCUCCCAAGAUCGCCCAAGAAAACCAAGUCCGCCUCGACCAAAUCCAUGCCCUCUUCACCUCCAUCAUUCCCGAUGUUACAGGCAUCAACUCUUGGCGUUAUCAGCGCCAAAUAAGUGGCGGAGUUCAAGAGUUCAUUGAAGCGAUUUCAUUCGACCAUUACCUUCGCACGCAACAAUUAAUCUCCCUCGGUGAAUCACAGGCCCGGCUUCCAAACGAGAUCCUACUCACAGAGGAAGACUACUUGAUGGGUCUAUUCGAUCUGACAGGAGAGAUGAUGCGAUUUGCUGUUAUGGCGUUGAGCUCUGGAAAUGCCACACAAAAGCAAGCUUCCGAGGCGGAUGGAUCUACAGAUGGCACCAAGAAACUUCCCUAUCUUUCUGAUACGCAGUCGGGAAUUGUGGUUGAUCUAAGAACCAUGCGCGCUGAAUUUGAGGCGCUGAGUGUCCCGCGGCGGUCAAACAUGUUACGAGAUCUUGUGAAAAAGGUGGAGGUGAUGCAAAAUAGUGUGGAAAAGGUGGAGCGCGCGGCAUACGGUAUUCUUGUACGUGGUAGUGAGCGGCCUAGUGGAUGGAUGCCGGAUCUAUCAGCGGGAGUUGAGAUGGAGAUCCAUUGA